AUGAAAUAUUUAGAAAUCUUCAUUGAUUUCUUCUUCAAUUUAAUUUGCCUCCCUCUUCUUCUUCUUCUUCUUCUUCUUCUUCUUCUUCUUCUUCUUCGUCGUCGUCGUCGUUUAUUUGUCUUCUUAUUUUACUUCUGCAUUUAUUUUCACACCUCUUCUUCCUACUCCUUUUCUCCAUUUAUUUGUCUCUCCCUCCCUCCCUCCCUCUUCUUCUUCUUCUUCGUUUAUUUUCUUCCCUUCUUCUUUGUCGUUGAUUUGUUUCCUUAUUCUUCUUCUGCAUUCAUUUUUCCCCCUCUUCCUUCUACUCCUACUCCUUCUUCUGCAUUUAUUUUCUCCCCCUCUUCCUUCUACUCCUACUCCUUCUUCUUCAUUUAUUUGUCUCCCCAUUCUUCUUCUUCUUCUUCUUCGUUAAUUUGUCUCUUUAUUCUUCUUCUGCAUUUAUUUUCUCCCACCCUGCGUCUGUUUCCUCCUCCUUCUACGUUUUUUUUGUCACUGUCUUCUUUGUCUUCUCCAUUUAUGCAUCUCCUUCUUCUCCGUUUAUUUGUCUUCUUCUUCUUCUUCUUCUUCUUCUUCUUCUUCUUCUUCUUCUUCUCUUUCCACCUAUAUUCCCCCUCCUCCUUCUUCCUAUUCAUUUAUUUCUUUUCCUCGUUACCAUACUUGAUUCUUUCUUUUUCUCGACCACCUAUUCUUUCUAUGAUAUAUGGCCUCUUUUGA